AAAAAAUAAAUAAAUAAAAAUAAAAAUAUCUACGCUGACCUGCGCUUGAAACAGAUAGUUUUUUUUUUGUUUUUGUUUACCGAAUAACUUAACCAGCAAAUAUCUAGUAAAGUUUUAGGAGGUUGGGUUAAAAAUAUUUGCUGUGUGGGUUAACAAGUAACGAAGCGAGAUGCGAUUCGUUGUUUUGUUAACGCUCAUAGUCGUUUGUAUGUAUAUUUCCUCGGUGUAUGGAAGAAGAAGAAGAGGUGAGUACGGUGGCGGUCACCGUGAUCACGACUACGGAAAUCACGGCGGCAAGAACGUAUGCCAGAAAUUUUCAUGGAGUGCAUGGACUAAAUGUAGCGGUUCAUGCGGGUCUGGAAUGCAACAAAGAUCUCGCAAUUUGAACGGACAACCGCCAUUCUAUGGGAGGAGACGGCGGUUUGGCAGGAUUUUCUGGGGUGGUAGAAGGCGCAGGAGUCGCCAAAAGUACGGUAGUGGCUCAGUAAAAUGUCCAAUUGAAAAGCGCCGUUGCGCACUGCCCCCCUGUCGUGUCGAUUGCAAGGUUGGUCCAUGGUCGAGGUUUUGUCCCUGUAGCGCCUCAUGUGGUGGAGGAAGAAAAACUCGUACACGGAAAAUCAUAACUCGUCCCCAACACGGUGGUACAAGAUGUCCUGCUUUAUCUGAUACACAAACUUGCAAUAACAAUAUAUGUUCAAUUGAUUGUAAGGUUGGCCCGUGGUCGAAGUUUGGUACGUGUAGCGCCUCAUGCGGUGGAGGUAGAAGAUUUCGUACACGGAAAAUCAUCACUCGUCCCCAACACGGUGGUACAAGAUGUCCUGCUUUAUCUGAUACACAAUCCUGCAAUAAAAAUAUAUGUUCAAUUGAUUGUAAGGUUGGCCCGUGGUCAAAGUUUGGUAGGUGUAGCGCCUCAUGUGGUGGAGGAAGAAAAACUCGUACCCGGAAAAUCAUCACUCGACCCCAACACGGUGGUACAAGAUGUCCUGCUUUAUCUGAUACACAAUCCUGCAAUAACAACAACUGUCCAAUCGAUUGUAGGGUUGGUCCGUGGUCGAAGUUUGGUCGCUGUAGCGCCUCAUGUGGUGGAGGAAGAAAAACUCGUACAAGGAAAAUCAUCACUCGUCCCCAAUACGGCGGUACAAAAUGUCCUGCUUUAACUGAUACACAAACUUGCAAUAAAAAUAUAUGUUCAAUUGAUUGUAAGGUUGGCCCGUGGUCAAAGUUUGGUAGGUGUAGCGCCUCAUGUGGUGGAGGAAGAAAAACUCGUACACGGAAAAUCAUAACUCGACCCCAACACGGUGGUACAAGAUGUCCUGCUUUAUCUGAUACACAAUCCUGCAAUAACAACAAUUGUCCAAUCGAUUGUAGGGUUGGCCCGUGGUCAAAGUUUGGUAGGUGUAGCGCCUCAUGUGGUGGAGGAAGAAAAACUCGUACACGGAAAAUCAUAACUCGACCCCAACACGGUGGUACAAGAUGUCCUGCUUUAUCUGAUACACAAUCCUGCAAUAACAACAAUUGUCCAAUCGAUUGUAGGGUUGGCCCGUGGUCGAAGUUUGGUAGCUGUAGCGCCUCAUGUGGUGGCGGAAGAAAAACUCGUACACGGAAAAUCAUAACUCGUCCCCAACACGGUGGUACAAGAUGUCCUGCUUUAUCUGAUACACAAUCUUGCAAUAACAAUAUAUGUCAAAUCGAUUGUAGGGUUGGCCCGUGGUCGAAGUUUGGUAGCUGUAGCGCCUCAUGUGGUGGAGGAAGAAAAACUCGUACACGGAAAAUUAUCACUCGUCCCCAACACGGCGGUACAAGAUGCCCUGCUUUAUCUGAUACACAAUCUUGCAAUAACAACAAUUGUCCAAUUGAUUGUAAGGUUGGCCCAUGGUCUACUUUUGGUCCCUGUAGCGCCUCGUGUGGUGGAGGCACCAAAAAAAGGACACGAACAGUGACAACCCCAGCCCAACAUGGCGGUCAAGCAUGUCCUGCGCUAUCUGAUACGCAAUCAUGUAAUAACAACAAUUGUCCAAUUAAUUGUCAGGUUGGCCCGUGGUCGAAGUUUAGUAGCUGUAGCGCCUCAUGUGGUGGAGGAAGAAAAACUCGUACACGGAAAAUCAUCACUCGUCCCCAACACGGUGGUACAAGAUGUCCUGCUUUAUCUGAUACACAAUCCUGCAAUAAAAAUAUAUGUCCAAUUGAUUGUCAGGUUGGCCCAUGGUCUACUUUUGGUACCUGUAGCGCCUCGUGUGGUGGUGGCACUAAAACAAGGUCACGAACAGUGACAACCCCAGCCCAACAUGGCGGUCAAGCAUGUCCUGCUUUAUCUGAUACACAAUCAUGUAAUAACAACAAUUGUCCAAUUAAUUGUCAGGUAAGUCAAUGGACCACGUUUGGUCUCUGUAGCGCCUCUUGUGGUGGUGGCACUAAAACAAGGACACGAACGGUGACAACUCCAGAGCAAUAUGGCGGGAAAAAAUGUCCUGCUUUAGAUGAUACGCAAUCUUGCAAUAACAACAAUUGUCCAAUUGAUUGUCAGGUAUGUCAAUGGUCUACGUUUGGUCUCUGUAGCGCCUCUUGUGGUGGAGGCACUAAAACAAGGUCACGAACAGUGACAACCCCAGCCCAACAUGGCGGUCAAGCAUGUCCUGCUUUAACUGAUACACAAUCUUGCAAUAACAACAAUUGUCCAAUUGAUUGUCAGGUUGGGCAAUGGACCACUUUUUGUCCCUGUAGCGCCUCGUGUGGCGGAGGUACCAAAACAAGGUCACGAACAGUGACAACCCCAGCCCAACAUGGCGGUCAAGCAUGUCCUGCUUUAACUGAUACACAAUCAUGUAAUAACAACAAUUGUCCAAUUGAUUGUCAGGUGAAUACAUGGGGCGAAUGGGGAGCAUGCGACACCGCAAACAACUGUAGAAGACAGAGAACCACAACUGUUAAGAUACCAGCUUCAAAUGGCGGGAAGCCUUGUAAUCUAACACAAGUAGAAGAUUGCCAGAUUCCUGAUGUUUGUGAUCUCGAAUGCGAGCUGCAAUACAAAGACUGGGGGCCAUGCAGCGUGACGUGUGGCACUGGCACCCGAACUAGAAUAACACACGAACCGAACCCGAACAAAUCAAGAUGCAAUCAAUUCUCAACAACUCAAACGGAGGCAUGCACCGUGGAAUGUGCUCCAUCAAAGGGUUAAUUCCCUUAAUAAUAAUUUUCCUUGUUAUAGGCCUAUUCUAAUAAUCUACAAAAUUACAUUCGAUUUAAUUAACAUCCAAACAUUGCAUGCGGUUUAACUCAGAAGUAGUCAUGAUAGGUGUACAAAACGGAACACCCGUGUUAUAUUAACCAGAAAACAUAAGUUCACUCAAAUUAUUCCGGUUUAAAUAACUUUUUAUUUUCUAAAAUGUUAUGACUUUCGUUUCGUGUUAUUCUCCCGGUUACAUUUCUGCGAUGUUUAUAUAAAUGAAAUUUAACAAUUUAAAAAAAAAUCUGUUCUGUGAUUUGACUUUGAGACAUAAGUAAUUUCUGUUCUUAUGUAUAUAUGCGGGUAAUCACUAAUACACUAAAUAUAUCACUAUU